AUGGAUACUCAGAAAAUAGUGGUGGUUGUCGAAGACGUGGAUGUGGCAAGAACUGCACUCCAAUGGGCACUUCACAAUAUCCUUCGUUUUGGGGAUUUGAUUACACUUCUUCACGUAUAUACCACUACAACAUCCAAAAGCAAGAAGAAGCUCAGGCUUCUCCGCUUGAAUGGCUUCCAAUUGGCUCUCUCUUUCAGAGAAAUAUGCGAUUCCUUCCUCAAUACAAAGACUGAGAUUGUUGUGACGGAAGGGGAUAGAGAUGGUCGAAGAAUUGCGGCUAUGGUGAGAGAAAUUGGGGCCUCCACUCUCGUUGUGGGUCUUCAUGAUCGGAGCUUUUUAUACAGGUUGGUAAUGGCCCAGAACAGCGUUGCUUUCAAUUUGAACUGUAAGGUUCUUGCCAUCAAGCAACCAACAGCACUAACAACGAGGACAAUUUCUUUACAAGAUAGUUCUAUAAACAUGGACUUCUCCCAGAUAGAAAUAGCUACAUUGAGUGUCCCUGAAGUUCCUCGUCCGAAAAUCCAAUACCAAAUCUGUCCAGACCCUUCUGCUAUUUUAUGGAGAUCCGGGCAAUCAAGAAGAACGAGAACUUCGUGA